ACAAGUUUUAUUAUUAUAUAAGAAAAUUAUAGAUCUAUAAUUUAGGUUUGUCCUAAUUCCUUCUCCAUACCCUUCAAUUUCUCUCUCUUCCCCCAAAUCUCCGGCAGAGCAGCGAAGAUGAUGCACAUGACCUUCUACUGGGGCAAAAACGUCACCGUUUUGUUCGAUUUCUGGAAAACCGACUCGUGGACCAGCUACGCGCUCACCUUGAUCGCCUGCUUCGUCUUCUCCGUCUUCUACCAGUUCAUGGAGGACCGCCGUCUCCGCUUCAAGCUUGUUUCCUCUCUCGGCGCUGCAAAAAACAAGCCGGAUUCCGUUGAUACUCCGCUCCUCCUCGGCUCCGUCGUCGGCGGCGGAUGGAAGGCGGCGAGAUUCGCCGGAGCUCUGCUCUUCGGGGUCAACUCCGCCAUCGGCUAUCUCCUGAUGCUGGCCGUCAUGUCUUUCAACGCCGGCGUGUUUAUCGCCGUCGUGGUGGGCCUCGGCGCUGGGUACCUGGUGUUUAGGAGCGGCGGCGACGAGGACGUGGUGGUGGUCGAUAAUCCCUGCGCCUGUGCCUGAAUUUUGGCCCCACAUGUUCAUGGGUUUGUUGUUGUUGGUUAGGUGGGCCAUUUGCCCAUUUAUGUAUCAGUACCUACUUUCAUACUUCAAAUUCCUCAGGAUAA